AUGGAAUAGGAGUUAUUUUGCACAAAAUGCUAUUAAAACUAUCACUCUGAUCACUCAGAAUCCAUUAGCAAGAUCAAGAAAAUAGAUAUCCAGUCAUACUCUAAUUAAGCAAUUCAAAAUAUAACAGAAUUGACUUAAACUUUACAAAGUUUCUUAAAGUUCUUUGAUAACUUUGACUCUAAUAAUAUAAAUCAGUCAAUUUCUUACUCCUCCUCAGAAUUCAUCUAAAAAAUUAGAGAAUAUCAAUAGCUAUUCUUGCGAAUAUUCUAUGGAAAUACGAAGAAACUAGAAACCCUAUAGCUUUUAGAUAAAGAUUUGCUUCAUUCUUUGGAAAUAAGUAGUGAAGAUAACAAUAUUUUUCAUGAUAAUCAAAACUGCAACAGCAGUUUUAGUGAAGAAAACUUAAAUCCUGAAGAUGAGACUUAGAUUGAUUAGAAAAGUUAAAGAAAUAGUUACUGCAAAGGAUGUAAGAUAUUGAUGUCUGAAAAGCAAAAUCUUUCAGUCAAUACUCUAUCAUCUGAGACAUAAACUGAUGAAGUGUUGUUUAAAAGAGAUGCAAGCACUUAAGAUAUAGGCUUGCUGUAUGAAAGUGUGGGUGUUGGAUUUAAGGGAGUAUAAACAGAAGAAUUUGAAAUGGCAGAUGAAUGGGUGUAAACCAAUAAAGUUUACAAGAGUUAACAAGCGAUUUAGACAGAAACUGUAAAUAUUCAAGAAACUAGUUUCGAGCGAUUCAAUAAAAAGAUAAUGCUAGAGCCUAAAGACAGUCCAGAUGGUACAGAUUAAGAUAAACAGAAUCUGAAAACCAAUAAAGUUGCAGUCAAACCACUUGUUGACAGUUCUGAUUGUAAGAUUAAAAUGUUUGAGCAUUUGCAGUAAAUUGCUUCAAAUACACCUAUAGAAGUGAUUAAGCCAAGGCAUUCUAGAGUUAUGAGUCAAACUGUAUCUAGUUCUCCAACAAAAGGAAGCGCUUACUUUAAACAAUCGCAUUUAUUGAACCAGAACUAUUAGGAACUAAUUAAGGGAUGGAUUGAUAAGAACAAGCAAGUUAGUAUUCAUUUGAUUUACAAGGCUUCAAGAGAUGGCUUCAAAGGAUCACAUUUCCAUAAACUUUGUGACUUCAAGGGUCCAAUUAUUUGCAUAAUUUAGUCUGAAUUCCAGAAUCUCUUUGGCGGUUUCACAUCUUAACCUUUGACAACACCUGAUAAGGCUAAAUGGAUAAAGGAUCCAUAAGCAUUUGUGUUUUCCUUAACUCAUAAGACUAAGCAUAGCUAGUAUCAGAACAGAGAUCGAUCGGUUUAUCACAAGAAGGAUACUCAUAUUUAAUUUAGUUUCGACAUCGCUAUUAGUGAGAACUCGCAUGAAAACUCUGAUAGCGGAUGCAAUCUUGGUUACACAUACAGACUUCCUAAGGAUUUAAAAUAUGGCAGCGAAGAGGGUAGAUAGUAUUUAGGGGGUAAGUAUAAUUUUAGAGUACUCGAAAUUGAAGUCUACUCUGUUGCCUAACCUUUCUGA